GCUUGAGCCAUGAUAGUAUGGAAUCGUAGGAGUAAAAUUUUUAGGUGUGUCUUUCUAAAUAUCGAACUAGAAUGUCUCCCAAAUCCCUGACUAGCAUCUCAAGUGAGUGUACAGACAAUGUGAAGCAACGCUUACGCGUGCCGUUCGCUAGAUUUAGGUAACACUUGUGCCGGGACAUAUGUAAUAAAAACUGUGAUCGAAUUUGUGUUGUUCGGAGUGUCGUGUACGUUUUCUGGUUUGAUGGUAAAUUAAAAUGUGGAAUAUGAUGUGCGACGUAAUGCCCACUAUAUCGGAAGACAGUAUCAGCCAACGGAGUUCGCAAUUUAGUGGCGAAGAUGCCAACUUCGAACAGCUCAUGGUGUCUAUGCUCGACGAGCGAGAUAAGCUGGUAGAGAGCCUGCGGGAGACGCAGGAGCGGCUAGGAGACUCGGAACUGCGGCUCAAGGAAGUAGAAAAAGAACGCGACUCGCUGCACCGUCAGAUCGCCGCCAACUUGCCACAGGAGUUUGCGACGCUGACAAAGGAGUUAAAUCAGGCCCGAGAGCAGCUCCUCGAGAGAGAGGAAGAAAUCUCCGAACUCAAAGCAGAAAGAAACAACACCAGGCUACUCCUGGAACACCUAGAAUGUCUGGUUUCAAGACACGAGCGGUCUCUCCGCAUGACAGUGGUGAAGCGGCAGGCGGCUGCGCAGUCAGGGGUCUCCUCCGAAGUCGAAGUGCUCAAGGCGCUCAAGAGCUUGUUCGAGCAUCACAAAGCACUGGACGAAAAGGUCCGGGAGCGGUUGCGCGUUGCGUUAGAGCGAAACACAGCUUUAGAAGAAGAACUUGCGUUAACCAAAGAAGAAUUAUUGCAAUACAAACAAUCGGGCGGACAAGACGGAGAUAAGCCGAAAGAAAACGGCACCGUGCCCAGCGGCUCGCCCGAGCAGAACGGCGAGCAACAACAAACUAAGGAACAAAAUAGUGUUAACGGUGAAUCGGAGACCAGCAGGAAAGUGACUGACCUCCAAAACACUAUUGCAAAACAGUCAGCAGAACUGAGCUCAUGGCAGAGAAGAGUUGCGGAGCUAAAUAACAAGGUAUCAGAGCUGGAAGAAAGACUGACCAAGGGCGAGAAGGAGCUCGCCAAGAAACAAGACGAGUGCGCCAAACUACAGAGGGACCUCAGGGAGAACGUUGCACAGAAAGAAGACCAGGAGGAACGGAUAGCUACUCUGGAGAAGCGGUACCUGAACGCGCAGCGCGAGUCCACCUCGCUGCACGACCUGAACGAGAAACUGGAGCAGGAGCUGCAACACAAGCAAGCACAGCUUAAGGUAGUCACUCACUCUGUCACCUAUUAUACUAAAUUGUUGCAAUUGUUACAAGUACAUCUAAAGGAACGUAUGCACUCCUUAGACGAGAAGAACGCGUUGACUCAAGAGCUGGACAAGACGAGGAAGUACGCCGAUGAGUUGCUAGCGGAGAAGCAGGAUAUCCUCAAGGAGUUGGCCAAGUGGAGAAUGGAGACUGAACAGUUGAAACGGCAGAUGCUCCAACAAGAGAUCGCGUUUAACAUCCAACAAACUGAUGCCUUGACAAGAUCAUUGUCACCAGGAGCACCAGCGCCGCCGCCUUCCGUCGGACUCUUCCAGACCAAGUUGGACGGUUCGUGGGAGAAACUGCAACCAGCGCAUGUAUUAGCGAAUGUACAGCAAGCGUUUGACACAAGCGACGCCGAGAACGACGAGUCGGACGGCGGCGUGGAGGGGGGACACACGGACGCAGCGGCGCUGGCGCUCAUGCUGCAGGAGCAACUCGAUGCCAUCAACACGGAGAUCCGGCUCAUUCAGGAGGAGAAGCAGAACACGGAGGCCAGAGCCGAGGAGCUCGAAUCCAGAGUGGGCAGCUACGAGCACAUGAACGUGGUGUCGCGGCGCGGGGACUCGCCGCCGCCCGCCAACUCGCCGUCGCGGCCGCACCCGCACCCGCACUCGCUGCACCACCCCGCGCACCCCGCCCACCCCGCGCACGCCGCGCACCACAUGGCGCCGCACCACAAGUACCACACGGCACCAGCGGCCAUGUCGCCCGCGCACCACUACCGCGCGGCUGCCGCGCCUCCUGCGCCGGAGAGCCUGCCCAACAGCCAGUUGCAGCUGUGCGAAGACGGCCCGGGCGGGUCAGGCCCGCCCAGCGGGGGCGAGGGGGCGGAGUCGCCGCUGACGGCGCGCUCGCUGCGGCUCGAGCGAGCGGCUCGGGUGCUCCACGCGGAACGCGACCGGCUUCGGACGCAUUAUCCGGCGCCUUACGACUCGAGUUCAAUAAUGUCAGGAAGCCUCGCCAGGAUUCCCAUUCACAGGUGUUCAUCCACAUCUAUCCUAAAACCUAAAUCUAGACCUGUUUCUGUUGAAAUGAACCUAGCGAAUGUGUGGUGCAAUUGUCCAGAUACCUUAUUCAAUUAUGUUCCGCAUAAACUGUGCAUGAAAUCCAACUUAUAUACAAUAGUAGAUAAUUAUUUAUUCCACCAUCCUAGUUUGAUUACGUCUGCAAAAGAGAUAAGCUCAAGUCAAGAAUCCCUAGGUGGUUUAGCAUCAGGGCCGAGUUGGAGCGGCGCAGGAAGCGGGGGCGCUUCACCAGGGCUACCACGGGGGGUGGCAGUUGCUGCUUCAGCCGUGUCAAUAGCUUCCAUGCAUCAGCAGAAGAAGAGAGGUAUCAAGAGCUCGCUCGGACGACUAUUUAGCAAGAAAGAGAAGGGUGGUUUACCGUUACAACAGGGCCAAGCGGGACGGUCGCUGUCGUCGGCGUCGUCUCUCGGUCUGGUGUCCCUUGCGGGCGACGAGACCACGCCCACGCACGACCCGCACGCGCCCGCGCCCGUGCAGCCCGACUACGCGCGCUCCAAGAGCAAAGACCGCGACUACCGCCACGAGCUGCUGGGCGAGGCCAUGCGCGCCGGCACGCCCUUCGCGCUGUGGAACGGGCCCACGGUGGUGGCGUGGCUGGAGCUGUGGGUGGGCAUGCCCGCCUGGUACGUGGCCGCCUGCCGCGCCAACGUCAAGUCGGGUGCCAUCAUGUCGGCGCUGUCGGACCAGGAGAUCCAGAGGGAGAUUGGCAUCAGCAACCCUCUCCACCGGCUGAAGCUACGCCUAGCGAUCCAGGAAAUGGUCUCUUUGACGUCACCAUCGGCGCCACGAGGGACAGCCUGCGCCGCGUUGGCGUUUGGAGACAUGAACCAUGAAUGGAUCGGGAAUGUUUGGUUGCCUUCUUUAGGUUUACCACAAUACAGAACGACCUUCAUGGAGUGUUUGGUGGACGCGAGAAUGCUGGAGCAUCUCACUAAACGGGACCUCAGAACGCAGCUCAAGAUGGUCGACAGUUUUCACAGGACGUCGCUGCACUUCGGCGUGGCGUGCCUCAAGCGCGUGGGCUACUCGGUGCGCGCGCUGGAGGAGCGGCGCCGCGCGGCCGAGCUGGCCAACCGGGACGUGCUGGUCUGGACCAACGAGCGGUUGCAGCGCUGGCUCGUCUCCAUCAACCUCAAGGAGUUCGCAAACAAUCUAGUGGAGAGUGGCGUCCACGGCGCGCUGAUCGCGCUCGACGACAACUUUGACGCCAACAGUAUGGCGCUCGCGUUGCAGAUUCCCACGCAAAACACGCAGGCGCGCCAAAUACUAGAAAUGGAGUUCGCCAACUUACUGGCCACGGGGACUGAGCGACCAGCGCGCGGUGGCGGCGUGCACCACGACCAAUCCGCCUCCUGACACCACACGCUCAAUUAAGCAUCCCCGCAUACCCGCACCCGGACCGGUUCAACCAAUCACCACUCACCUGGACCUAAUCACGAGCCAGCACGUGCAAUGGUAAUAAAUGACAGCCAAUCGGACACUAUGACGUGAUAUUAGACAGUCAGGAUUUAGGAAUGGGAAAUAUUGACAGCAAAUCAGAAUAAUGAAUAGAAACAACACAUAUGAAGAACUAAAGUGCAG